AUUGUAGGCGAGAAUGAAGAGCGCUUGAGUUGAGGAGGUGAACCCGACGCGUAGCGGUGUGGCACAUUAUUUUUUUCUACAUUUGUGCUUCAACCAAGAGCUUUAAGCGUUUGUGUUUUUAAGCGGUAGGUCGUUUGGUAGCCGCCGAGAGAAGCGGAGCCGCCGUGUGUUGGGUUUUUGUCUUGUUUUUGUGCUGAAAGCUGAGGAGCAGCUGUUUGUGUGUGUGUGUUUUAUGCUCAGGGCUGGGAGGCUAAGUUACUUUACUUGCUCAUUUGGAGUGACAGCGCUUUGUAAACGUCUAGCAGUGAGGUUAGGAGGCUAAAUUACACCCGCAGACUGGACUGAAGUGCUGUAGCCUGUGCUCGGAGCAGAUAGCCUUCCGCACAGUAAUGCUAAAAUGGACUUAUCGCGUAAAUAUGAGAAAUGUGAGUGACAGAUUGAGAGAUAAGGGUGAUGGAUUGAGAGAUUGGGAGUGACUGAGUGUCACUUUGUGUGAGGAAGCUUCAACUUUCAGGCUCCCGCUUCACUCAGGCUCUGACAUUGAAGGGUGUUUUUUGGGGGGGGGAAUUUGUGUUUUUCCCUCGUUAAGCUAAUGUAGGUUAGGUUAUAUGUGCAAACAGUGAGUUAGUCUGACCGAGAGACUUGAGUGUGGAACGAUGGCGGAUUCUGUGAAAACCUUUCAAGCCCACCUCACCGCAGUCAUGGACAGCUUGGUCCGCGCGUCGGUGUGCGAGAUCACCAAACUCUUCCAGGACACGGUCAACGACUACUUGGUGGAGAUCUCGCUGAACAGGAAAGAGAACGAGGCCCUCAAGUUGCGUCUGCGGCUGACCGAGAACAAACUGAGGAACGAGAGGAAAUAUGGCAUGGCCUGGGCUACGAACCGCCGAGCCGCUGGGCUGCUGGCCUCGGAGGACCCGGGGGCCAAAAAACGCAAAGUGGACACGAGAGCCAAGCAGGGGAAGGAGUGGAGCGGUGGCGGUGCUGCUGCGUGGGAGGAGGGGGCCGGAGGAGCGAGGGAGGAGAGGAGGGACGUGUUCCGAGUCCAUCUGCCAACUGCGAGAGAGGGAGAGGAGGAGGAGGAGGAGAGGAGACGUGUCUCCGGGGAGAGGAAGGAGGUGGCUGGCAUUAAAGAGGAGGAGGAGGGCUACAGGUCAGAUUCUCUGAGGCUGCUGCAGGAGGCGCUCCAGAUGAGCCAGACUGAGACCAGCUCUACCCACGGGGAGCUGGAUCCUGCCUCUGUUGGUUCUGGAUCAGUUGCGGGCGAAGCGUGGGAGGAGCCGCCUGCUCUGUCAGCAGAACCUAUGAACAGUGAGGAUGAGCUCAGUGGACUCGAGACUGCUCUGAAGGCAGAGCGUGAGCGGGAGAAGACAGGUUCUCCUGUAGACAGUCCCGCGCAAGUCAGGGGCGGAGCUGAAGGUGUGGAAUUUAUCGGCCUGGACGGUUUGUGCAGCUCUCAACAGGACGUUCCCCCAUCAACACACAAAGCAGAACCCCCUGAAAUCCCGUCAGCCACUGGGAGCCAGAACGACGAUGAUGAGGCAGAGGAGUCAGGUCAAGAAGGCGCCGACCCUUUGCAUUUUUGUCCACAGUGCGGUGGAGGCUUUAACUCUGCUGCAGACCUCGCAGACCACACAUGCCCACUGGCUGAUGAGCGGCCCUUUCAGUGUUCGGUCUGUGGCCGGGCAUUCAGUCACGCCUGGAGCUUGAAAAGCCAUGAGUGCGUGCAGGUGGGUGAACAGCCACACCGCUGCGAACUCUGCGGCAAGCGCUUCACGCACUCGCGCUCUCUGGAGCGCCACCAGCUGGUGCACACGGGCGAACGCCCCCACAGGUGCCCCCAGUGUGGACGCAGCUUCAGCCGCCUAGGCAACCUGGAGCGCCAUCAGCGCAUCCACACAGGCGAGAGGCCGUAUGAGUGCGGCGCCUGCGGCAAGCGCUUCAGCCGCGUGGAGUACCUGAAGCGGCACCAGCAGAUUCACAGCGGAGAGAGGGGCGAGAGGAACCCACUGCAGUGUGGCCACUGCAGCCAGACGUUCAGUGACACGGAGCACCUCAAACGGCAUCAGUGCUUCUCCAGUGCCUGACGACAACAGCAUGUGACCAUAGCCCUAAUGCUCCAUUCAGUCUUUAACCUCUUAACCUUUAUUUGUGAGUGCUUCCACGCUUCCUUUCCUCACUCCUUUUAACUUGAUGAUACCUUAUUCAUUUUGCAUUGUUUUUCAUAUAGUUACUGAAUAAUAAGUCUUAGGAGAAGCUUAAGGGGUUAACCAUAAGGGGCUAGUUUCUCAGACAUGUAUCAGCCUUUAAUAUUUGACAUUUGGUAGAUGCUCUUAUUCAGUGAUUUAUUUUCCUAAUAUAAACUAUUUAGACAGGAUUAAUUCUCAUGGGGAGGUGGUAUGAUGGCACUUUACCACAGGUCGCCUGUUUACGACCAAUUCAUAUGGGAUAAAAAUUUGCAGUAUAAAUGAGAGAUGUGAGUAACUACUUAAUUUAUAAGCUGCCUUUACUCCUGGAACAAGUAGAAAUGUCAAAAGGUUUAGCUGUCAUUCAGUUUACCCUUACCAUCUGUCUUACUGUCUUAAGUAAAUGCGCUCAUUAGCAUUGUUAAUAGCUUGGAAAUUCAUGGCCAGCAGUCAACAUAACAGCAUAAAAACAAAAAAUGUUUUUUUUUGGAAUUUGUAUAUGUUUUAAUGUUCUGAGUUGUUCAUUUGAGGUAGGACAGUACAGAUUGGCUUGAUUUUAUUCGCAGAGUCAACAAUUCAUAGACCCUCCAUACUUAAAAACUCCUAUUCCACAGAAUAUUGUAGCAUUUUUACCAACAUGUUUAUUGGCUAAAGAUUAAUAUAACCUAUUUAUACGAUUGGUUUUAGAAUAGAUAAAAGGUGCUGGAAUCUUUACUGGCACAGGAGCAUAGUGUCUGUAAGAAUGACUGACAUGGCACAUUUGGUUAGGAGUAAAAUCACUGAAAAACAUGUAAAAUUUUUUCUGUAAAAAUGGCAAUUUCUCUCCAUCCUCAUGUAAAUCUAGCCCCAUGUUGAUCGUGCUAUAGAGAAGCAGGUGAAUGGGGUCUUGGCCAAAAAUUUUUAUUAAUGUACCAUACUGUUUUUGCCCAGGUGGGGAAUGGAAACCCUGGUCUGCCAUGUGGCAGGUUUAAGACUUACUCACUGUGCUUUACUGACUGCUACAUUAAAUCUGGUCCACAUUGCAGUGCCAGCAGUGUAUCACUGUUGGAAAUUCUUUUAUGAUCAGACUUGCUAAUCUAGACUUGGGAGACUGACCCUAGGUUUAUUAGUGGUGAACCUUAAUCAAUCUCGCUUCACCUUAAGGCUUAUUAUCCGUUACCUAUUAUGAAUUACUAAGUAACUACUAAAAAAUUACUAUGUAAUUGAUGUAGUUGCAAAAGUGAGGAGUGGAAGUCUGGACCCACUAAAGGAUUCCUACAGUUCAAGAGGUCAAAGAAUAUGUUAAACAUCUCAAUUAAAACAUCACGCAGGAGCCAAUGAAGAACAGUAUUUGACUUGGCACAGCCACCAUUUGUCAUCGACAGACUGCACUGUCUUAUGCAUUAUGAUUCAUAAAGGGAUCUUAAGUACAUCAGUGCCAUUUCUCAUUCAGUCUGUUUCUCAUUUUCUUUCUUCAGCAGAACUCGCCAGUUAGAGCAUUUGCAGCCUACACUUUUCAUACCUAUGGACAUAAUACAAAUUGCAGGUGAUCUUCAACCAUGAAUGAUCUAAGUUUUUUUUUGUAGUAGAAAUAUUUCAAAAAUAACUGAAACUCAUGCUCAUUCCAUAAAACAAAACUAGGGCCUCAUCUGUGCUUCCAUCAUCAUAUCAAUGUAGAACUACCAACAUGCAUCUAUGUUAAAUAUUUUAUCCAUGUAAAGCAUUUCAUUAGAUUGUGUUUCAAACAAGAUCCUGCAGGUUUUCAAGAAAGGACAAUUGCAUGUAUACAAAGUUCUCAGAUUUUUUUUAUUUUGAACCAAACUGUGACCUGAGUUUUGCAUACAGAACCUAAACGUGUCUGGUUGUGUUUUUUUUUUUUUGUCAUUUGUCAUUCUUUGAACAGUGACAAAUUGUCUUCUGCUUUAGAAAUUUACAUCAAGCUUAACAGUUGUCUGGGCUCUUUCCGUAGUACUGUGUCCAUAUUUCAUAUUUUUUUCUGGUUUCUGAAAAACAGAAGUGGUUCUGUAGGCCAGGUUUAUGGAAGUAUCAGUUUUUUCUUUUUGUCUCAUUUUUCCUUUCAUUGUAUUGAAAAUAAAUGAUUUAUUGCAGAACA